AGAAAAAGAAACCAAGGAGACCAAAUUAUGAUUGAGUUUUACAAAAUACAGAAAAUAAAGAAAUUAAAUAAAUAUCAAAAACUCAAAAGAGACCUCUCUUCUCUCUCUCUCUCUCUCUCUCGCUACUCUCAUCUUCACCGUACGCUUCUUCGAUCUACGCUUCUCUCUAGCUAUAGCUUCCAUUGUCACGAUUCCUCCCAAAGCGUAGAAUGUGGAACCCUAGAUACCUCAAAUUCAGCUAGAGAUCUAUCUACUUUCACCUCUAUUACUUUCUACUUCUGAAACCCCUCAUCAGAGCUACACACAGUGAUGGGAAACUGUUGCAGAUCUCCCGCAGCAGUUGCUAGAGAAGACGUGAAAUCCAACUAUUCCGGCCACGAUCACGCCCGCAAAGACGCCGCCGGCGGUAAAAAAUCGGCGCCGAUUCGAGUUCUAAGCGAUGUUCCCAAGGAAAACAUCGAGGACCGUUACUUACUCGACAGAGAACUCGGCCGCGGCGAGUUUGGUGUCACUUACCUCUGUAUCGAGAGGUCCUCGCGUGACCUACUCGCUUGCAAAUCGAUCUCCAAGAGGAAGCUUAGAACUGCUGUGGAUAUUGAAGAUGUUAAAAGAGAAGUAGCGAUUAUGAAGCAUUUGCCUAAGAGUUCGAGUAUUGUUACUUUGAAAGAAGCUUGUGAGGAUGAUAAUGCUGUGCAUUUGGUUAUGGAGCUUUGUGAAGGUGGCGAGCUUUUCGAUCGGAUUGUUGCGAGAGGUCAUUAUACGGAGCGUGCUGCUGCUGGUGUUACUAAGACUAUUGUUGAGGUUGUGCAGCUUUGUCAUAAGCAUGGUGUGAUUCAUAGAGAUUUGAAGCCCGAGAACUUUUUGUUUGCUAAUAAGAAGGAGAACUCGCCUUUGAAAGCUAUUGAUUUUGGAUUGUCGAUUUUCUUCAAGCCAGGUGAGAAAUUCUCUGAGAUUGUUGGGAGUCCAUAUUACAUGGCACCUGAGGUGCUUAAGCGGAAUUAUGGACCCGAAAUAGAUAUUUGGAGUGCUGGAGUGAUUCUUUAUAUUCUCUUGUGUGGAGUUCCUCCGUUCUGGGCAGAGUCAGAACAGGGAGUUGCUCAGGCUAUUCUGCGUGGAGUAAUUGAUUUUAAGAGGGAACCGUGGCCAAACAUUUCUGAGACCGCUAAGAAUCUAGUCAGACAAAUGUUAGAGCCUGAUCCAAAGCGUCGGCUGACUGCAAAGCAAGUGCUUGAGCACCCAUGGAUUCAGAACGCAAAGAAAGCUCCCAAUGUUCCUCUUGGAGAUGUUGUGAAGUCGAGGUUGAAGCAAUUUUCAGUGAUGAACCGAUUCAAGAGAAAAGCUUUAAGGGUUAUUGCCGAAUUUUUAUCUACGGAAGAAGUAGAAGACAUCAAAGUAAUGUUCAACAAGAUGGAUACUGAUAAUGAUGGUAUAGUUUCCAUUGAGGAGUUGAAAGCCGGACUUCGUGAUUUUAGUACACAGCUAGCGGAAUCAGAAGUUCAGAUGCUUAUUGAAGCGGUGGAUACUAAAGGAAAAGGAACUCUAGACUAUGGAGAAUUUGUAGCAGUGUCUCUCCACCUGCAAAAGGUAGCAAACGAUGAGCAUCUCCGCAAAGCCUUCUCUUACUUUGACAAGGAUGGAAAUGGGUACAUUUUGCCCCAGGAGCUUUGUGACGCCUUAAAGGAAGAUGGAGGAGAUGACUGUGUGGAUGUCGCCAAUGAUAUAUUCCAAGAAGUUGACACAGACAAGGUAAGUGUCAAAUCUUCUGUCUAUGGUAUGAUCUCAUCAUGUUCAAAAGAAACUCAAAAGAGCUUUCUUUUGCAAGAGUGUUAGGAAACCAAAGUUGUGAGGAAGUCCUAAAAAGGCACAAAGGACAGGAGAUGUGACUUUAAAUCUUUUUUCUUUUUGCGCUAUUUGUUUGAUGAUAACCAAACCAUUUGAAUUUACAGUUUUACACAUAGGAUGGGAGAAUAAGCUACGAAGAGUUUGCGGCAAUGAUGAAAACAGGAACGGAUUGGAGAAAGGCGUCUCGUCAUUACUCAAGAGGGAGAUUCAAUAGCCUAAGCAUCAAGCUAAUGAAGGACGGGUCUUUGAACCUAGGCAACGAAUAGCGAAUCAAAGUGAAGAAGCCGCAAUAGGGUCUUUAGUGUCUGUCUCUCACGCCACGUUCUCGUGCACGUCAAGUAUUAAACCAAGAGAAGGUAAAACUUGGGAUUCAGAAUUCAUAUCUUUUUGUACAUCUUUCGUUUUUUAACCUUUCUAUUUUUGGUGAUUAUGUUAUCUGUGUUCUUUUUUUUAUUGGUUUAUGGGUUGAGUUGUGUUUGUUUAGUUUGUUCUGGUAGAAAUCCAAAAGACAUGAGAAUCAGUGUUUGAUGUGUAGAAGGAAAAAAAACCAAAGACCAUUUCUGGUAAUGAUGUUGUAAUAUUCUUUUGUCUUCCUUAACCUCUAUAAUGAUAUGAUGAGUCAUUCACACAA